GAGUUUCCAAUUAACAAAAGACCAACGAGACUAGGUGUCCUUUUUUUUUUUUUUCCCAUUUCAACCCCAUUCAUUCAAAAUGGUUUGGUGGAUCUUUCUAUUUAUCCUUCAAAACAAUUUCCUCAUCUUUUCAACCUCAGAAAAAUUAAUCAGCUAAAAACACUCACAUUUCUGAUUCCACGGCAAUGGACAGAGCCACGCCGGUGAGAAAGCCUCACACCUCCACAGCCGAUCUCCUCACCUGGUCCGAGACCCCUCCCUCCGCCUCACCCGCCUCCGCCCCUCGCUCUUCCGCCCGCUCUCAGAAGCCUUCUGAUAAAAUCAGCAAAGUGGUGUUUGGAGGUCAGGUCACUGAGGAGGAAGCUGAGUCUCUCAAUAAGAAGAAACCUUGUUCAGGGAACAAAUUAAAGGAGAUGACUGGCAGUGGCAUUUUUGUAGCCAAUGGUGCUAAUGGCACAUCUGAACUUGAUUCUGCUAAUCCAACUAACAAAACAGGGUUGCGCAUGUACCAGCAAGCAAUGAAUGGGAUUAGUCAAAUAUCAUUCAGUGCUGAUGGGAGUGUCUCUCCUAAGAAGCCUACCUCUCUCCCAGAGGUUGCAAAGCAGCGAGAGUUAAGUGGGACAUUGCAGACUGAAUCAGACUUGAAGAAUAAGAAGCAGAUAUCAAAUGCAAAGUUCAAGGAGAUAAGCGGACAUGACAUCUUUGGCCCUCCUCCAGAAACUCAGCCUCGGUCAUUGGCUGCUGCACGCUCCCAAGAAUCAAGGGAUAGCAAAGAUAUGGGAGAACCUGCACCUCGAAAUGUGCGUACUUCUGUCAAAGUUUCAAAUCCUGCUGGGGGUCAGACAAGUAUCCUCUUCAGUGAAGAACCUGUUGUCAAGACAUCAAAGAAGAUACACAACCAAAAAUUUCAAGAGCUGACCGGCAAUGACAUCUUCAAAGGAGACGUUCCUCCAGGUUCUGCAGAAAAGUCUCUGAGCACAGCUAAACUGAGAGAAAUGAGCGGCAAUGAUAUCUUUGCUGAUGGGAAGGCAGAAUCCAGAGAUUAUUUUGGUGGUGUCCGCAAGCCCCCUGGUGGUGAGAGCAGCAUUGCCUUGAUUUAACUUGGUAAUGCAUAACCAGCACUGUUUCUUCCUGCACAUUGAAGUCUGGGUGAUUUGACGUGAUGGACCGUUGAUGCCUGAUGCUAUCAGAGGUGGGCAUUGCUGUAGCGUUAGUUGGAUCUGGCAUAUGUAUACCUUUCUAGAUUUAACAUUAGGAUAAAAGAACUACAUUGGCUAAUUGAGUUCUUACAAACGAUGUUAUGGUUUUCAGUACCGUUUGUGUUGUGUGCUCCCUGGACCAGCUUUGCUUCAUGCUGUUGUACUAAUAAAGGCUGUUGUCCCACUACUAUAUGCUUGAUUGCGUAUUUGCAUUCCUAAAGGUAGCCACCUUCAAACUUUUGCACCAAACUUGAUUUAAGUUAGAAAAUUAUAUAGUUUGGGUGUUUGAGUGUUUGAAUGAUGAAAAAAUGGUUUAAUCAGUGUUUUGGAAUAGAUGUUUGGUUGGUGAGAAAAUUGUAAUGUUUAUGAAGAAAAUUUGCAGAGAAAAUUUGAUGAGGAAAUUUGUGAUUUAAUCUGUGAUUUAAUUAGAAAUUAAAUAAAAAAAAUUUUAAGUGGACACGUUUUUAAUUUAUUUUUGCCACGUCAGCAAAAAAAAUUAUAAAAAAUGCCACGUAAGCGAGUUAACGGCUCAAAUUAACAGAAGGACUAACGGAGUGCAUUUCGUGAAGUUGAGGGAUCAAAAAAGUGCAAAAAAUUGUUGAGGGACCAAAAAUGUUCAUUUCUUAAAGUUGAGGGACCAAAUUAAGCAUUUAACCA